AUGGCGGAUGCUGAGGUGAGCGUUGCCAUGGCCGAAGAAGACAAACCUGAUGCGGAUACUGUGCAGGUGCUACGGGACCUGGCCAAUCGCCUGCGCAUCCACUCCAUCAGGGCCACAUGUGCCUCGAGCACCGGCCACCCCACAUCAUGUAGCAGUGCUGCUGAGAUCAUGUCUGUGCUGUUCUUCCACGUCAUGAAAUACAAACAGGAAGACCCAGAGAACCCGAACAACGAUCGAUUCAUCCUUUGCAAGCGACUGGCAUUUGUUGAUGUGGCAAUCGGAUGGUUUGGACCAGGACUGGGGGCUGCGUGUGGGAUGGCAUAUACUGGCAAGUACUUUGACAAUGCCAGCUACCGAGUGUUCUGCCUCUUGGGAGAUGGCGAAUCUUGGGAAGGCUCCGUCUGGGAGGCGUUGGCCUUCGGUUCUCACUACAAUCUGGAUAAUCUCAUGGCCAUCUUUGACGUGAACCGCCUAGGACACAGUGGCGUCUUGCCCAUUGAGAACUGCAUAGACAUCUAUCAGAAGCGCUGCGAAGCCUUUGGGUGGAACACUUACGUGGUGGAUGGUCGUGACGUUGAGGCACUGUGCGAGGUGUUCUGGCAAGCAACUCAAGUGAAGAACAAGCCUACUGCUGUAAUUGCCAAGACCUUCAAGGGCCGGGGCACUCCAAGUGUUGAGGAUGCAGAAAAUUGGCAUGGAAAGCCAAUGCCAACAGAAAGAGCAGAUGCAAUUAUCAAACUAAUUGAGAGCCAGAUAGAGACCAACAGGCAGCUCGAACCAAAACCCCCUGUUGAAGACUCGCCUCAAAUCAACAUCACGGACAUAGAGAUGACCUCUCCACCUGCUUACGAAGUUGGUGACAAGGUAGCUACUCGCAAAGCAUGUGGUUUGGCUCUGGCUAAGCUGGGCCAUGCAAAUGAUAGAGUCAUUGUGCUGGACGGUGACACCAAGAACUCCACCUUCUCCGAGAUAUUCAAGAAGGAGCACCCUGAGCGCUUCAUCGAGUGUUUUAUUGCUGAGCAAAACAUGGUGAGCGUUGCGCUGGGAUGCACCAUCCGUGGUCGGACCAUUGCUUUUGUUAGCACCUUUGCUGCCUUUUUGACCCGAGCAUUUGAUCAGAUCCGGAUUGGAACCAUCUCUGAAACUAACAUCAACCUUAUUGGGUCCCACUGCGGUGUAUCCAUUGGUGAAGAUGGACCCUCCCAGAUGGCCCUGGAGGAUUUGGCCAUGUUCCGAGCAGUUCCCAACUGCACCAUUUUCUAUCCAAGUGAUGCAGUCUCAACAGAGCAUGCUGUGUUCCUGGCAGCCAAUACCAAGGGGAUAUGCUACAUUCGGACCAGUCGACCGGAAACUGACGUUAUUUACACCGCUCAAGAAACUUUUGAGAUUGGACAGGCCAAGGUCAUUCGCCAGAGUGUCAAUGACAAGGUCACAGUUAUUGGAGCUGGAGUUACUCUGCAUGAAGUCUUAACAGCUGCUGAUGAUCUUUCCAAACAAGAUAUUUCUAUCCGCGUCAUUGACUUGUUUACCGUUAAACCCCUGGAUGCUAGCACCAUCAUCUCCAAUGCAAAAUGCACAGGUGGCCGAAUUAUCACAGUGGAGGAUCACCACCCAGAAGGUGGCAUCUGGGAGGCUGUCUGUGCAGCUGUUUCCAUGGAGCCUGGCAUCCUGGUCCAUGGGCUGGCAGUGCAAGGAGUUCCUCGGAGUGGAAAGUCAAGUGAACUCCUGGAUAUGUUUGGAAUUAGUGCCAGACACAUUAUAGUGGCUGUGAAAUGUAUGUUAACAAACUAA